UAAAAUUUAACUGUGCGACCAUGAAUUAAAUAAUUUGUGCGUAAAUCCUCCUACUAUUUGGGCAUGGAUUCCGCUCUAAAAAAUCGUAACGUUGAGUUAUUUGGAUCUUUAUUAUGCUGCCAAGGCAUUCACAGCGCAGAAUCGUUUAAGGAAGCAAUAGCAGAAACGUCGGCAAAGAAGAUUGAAGAGUUGCGACUGCAGGAUAGCACUAUCGAAUAUCUCGCCCCGUCUUGGUUCGCCGAAUUCUCGGCCCUUACGAAACUGUCAAUUACGUCGAGUGCCGUGAAGACUAUUCCCAGUUCAGCGUUUGCAAUACCAAGCGAUUUGCAAGAACUACACGUGGAUAACUGCGCAAUCGCCCAUAUUGACAACGAGGGUUUUAGCGGACUUUGUCAAUUGAAACGGUUACUCUUCACGAACUGCACAAGCUACCCCCUCAGGUUGCACGGAUUGACUUCUUUGGAGAUUUUGGAUUUGAGCAGCAACUCCAUUGACCGCAUUGAGCCUGGGACAUUUGACCACUUGGAUCGUCUUAGAGUGUUAAUCCUCAGCCGCAAUAAACUAAUUCAUAUCCCCAAACUUAUUUUUGAACAUCUGACUUCGCUGCACCUCGACCGCAACCACAUCGAGAGUUUAGAUCCGGAAGUCUUCCUAGGCUUGCCACACUUGGAGGUCCUGCGCUUGGAGAACAACUCCCUCGUCGAACUGCACCGCGAGUUACUCAAUCCGCUGCUUUCACUAGCAUCGUUAAACCUCAGCGGAAACUCACUCCGAUAUCUGCACCAGGGAACAUUUGCUCAACUGUUAAACUUGAGCGACCUGAACCUCUCAAACAAUGAGCUAACGUCUAUCCCCAAAGGUCUCUUCGAUAACCUUCCUCGCCUCACCUCUUUGGAUCUCGCAUUUAACCAGAUCAAGCAGCUUGAAACCGACACCUUUGGAUGCAUACCACGCUUGGAGUCUGUCAACCUGGAGGGGAAUCGCUUACGACAGUUACCGGCGGCAAUUUUCUCGGGCAGUCCCGCGAUGACCAGACUCGACCUUAACUCCAAUCAAAUUGAGGCGAUAAAUCGGGGGGCGUUUCAAGAACUGAGCAAUCUGGACGAGUUGUUCUUGAACAAGAAUCGGAUAAGUCACAUCGAAGUCGGAGCUUUCCAAGGGUUGGGCCUGUCGUCCAUCGACCUCGGCGAGAAUUGCCUACAUUCGAUCCACCUCGCCUGCAGCUUGUCUUCGGGAAUGCUCGCGUCCCUUCAGAUGCUCAGAAACCUGGUGCUGGAUGAGAAUUAUUUCGCGACACUCGGCGCGGACACGCUCUCGCUACCAUUAAGCUUGGAGUGUCUUAGUCUGGAAUCGUGCAAGAUUUCGAAUGUCGCAUUGGCUCAUUUGCCGUCCUUGUCGGAGUUGAAUUUGGGCAACAAUGAAAUAAGACACGUUAAUAGCGACUCGUUAGCAGGACUCGUCUCGCUUCGCAUCUUAAACCUGGAAAACAAUUCCAUUACGUGCAUUCCUCGAGAUUUUCUCACGAAUUUUCGUUAUUUGGAGGAAGUACACUUGGGUGGAAAUCCGUUGAGCGCCUCUGACGUGGAUGCCAUUAAAAUGAUGGACAGAGCACUGCUCGUGUCCCUAUGGCUCCUUCUUGCGGUAGUCGGAACGCAAUCUAAGGAUUGCAAUUAUCGGUUUUGGAAGUCAAUCUCGUGUGAAAAAGUGCGGUCCUUAGAACAGUUUAGGAAUGGCGUUCGGGAGAGUUUUACCCACGACAAGGUCGAUACAGAAGACUUUCAAGGUUUGGAGAUGGAAGGCAGCGACGUGAAUUUCUUGAACUCCAAAACGUUUGACGGUUUCGAGCAGAUAAAAAAAUUCAAAGUCGUUUUCAGUAACAUAACCCGUAUACCCAGCGGGGCGUUUGCUGGUUUAAACAAACUGGAAGAGCUCCAGAUCGGUUUUAGUAAAGUGGAAGCGAUCGACGAUAAGGCAUUUAGUGGCCUCUUCAAUUUGAAAAAAAUUCAUUUCUACGCGACCACGGUGGAAAAGUUUGCCAAAGGGGCGUUUGACGAUAUGCACUCUUUAACCGUGAUGGAUUUGCAGAAUGCCGACCUAACCGCAAUUGAAGCGGGGGCGUUUGACAACUCCCCGAAUUUGAAAGAACUACAGCUUUUGGGUAACAAACUGGAGGUGCUCCCAAAAGGAGUGCUGGCAAAGUUGCGACUCCUCGAUGAAGUUUGGCUCAACGAAAACAACCUAAAGCAACUGGAUGAAGAUACCUUCGAGGGGUUGGUGAAUUUGGAAAAACUUAGAUUGAACGCGAACCAACUGGAGAACUUAGCUCCAGGUUUAUUUACAAGUUUGAGGAAGCUCAGGGUGCUGAAUCUACAAGGAAACCGCAUCAAGGCACUUGAUCAGGAUCUUUUCUCCAAUUUAAAGGAGUUAUCUUCGCUUGACCUAUCCCACAAUCAAAUACAAGCAGUAGCGAAUGGCAUCUUUUCGAACCUUCCAAGGAUGGAUUCCCUCAACUUGGCGCAUAAUAAAUUAAGAGACUUAGACGCUGGCGCUUUUACUAGUUUGACUCAGCUGAACGUCCUCAAUUUGGAAGGCAACCUUCUCUCGACGCUUCCAGACGAUGCAUUCGCGGGAAACUCGCAGCUAAACGAGCUUGUACUCACCGAAAAUGCGCUGAAGAAAAUUUCAGCGGGCACUUUUCACGGUUUGAAGCGGUUAAAGAUUCUUUCACUGUCGAAUAACAAGAUAUCGUCUAUUGAACCGAAAUCGUUCGACGAUUUUGGCCGUUUAGAAGAACUUUACUUAAACGAAAACCAGAUGAAAGAAAUACCCCCAGGUCUUUUUCAACAAAUGAAAAAGCUGAAUACUUUAUACUUCGCCAGCAAUAGCCUGGAGUUUCUUCCGGCUGGGAUUUUCGACGCCCUCUCCUCCUUAAACAGGCUUCUUCUAAGCUACAACAACCUCACCCAGCUUGCAGAUGGGAUUUUUGAUAAUUUGCCCAACCUCAAGUACCUGGACGUGAUCAAAAACACAAUCAACCGCAUCGAGCCUGGUACCUUCAAGAACCUAAACCGGCUCACCUCGUUUUACUUCAGCGAGAACCGCCUCCAAAGUGUUAACGCCGAAACAUUCCAAGGACUUAAGUCCGUCGAUUACUUCCACAUCAAAGCCAAUCCAAUUGGGCACAUCGCGUGUGCCACCUUCGUCGAGCUUCCUUCGUUGGUGUUUCUCGAAAUUUCCGAUGUUCCAGUCGAAGAGCUUGCGACCGGGUGUUUUUCAAGCGUAGGGAAGCUCAAACAGCUUAGGAUUCAAAAGACCCACUUAAAAGUGUUAAAGUCGGGAACGUUCGCCGGACUGUCUCAUGUAAGGACGUUGUUCUUAACGGAAAAUCGCCUGGAGAACAUUGAGGUUGGAGCCUUUGAUGGGUUGAAGAGUGUGGUCUCGCUUUCACUGAGCAACAAUCGCCUAUCGACGAUCGACAAGGAGACUUUCCGCGGCUUGGACUCGGUGAUAUCGCUAAGUUUAAACAAUAACAAUAUCGGACACUUCGAUUCGACCAGUUUUGAUCUACUACCGAGCUUGGGAACUCUGCACCUCGGCUCCAAUAAGCUGCGCGAGCUUAAGGGUGACGUCUUUGACAAACUGUCGCGGCUGAGAGGUCUGGACCUAUCCCACAAUGGCAUCCAAGUGUUACCCGCCGAGAUUUUUCGCGCACUCGAAUCCUUGGACUAUCUCGAUUUGUCCGGUAACAAGCUGAAGGUCUUGGAACCGGGCACAGUUCCAGCUCUGCCCAGACUGCGACGGUUAAGCUUGAACGCUAACGAAAUCGAGUCGAUCAAAUCAGGAGCGUUUGACAACUUCGGCUCGCUCACAAACCUUAGGUUGGCCAACAACACGCUCAAGCAUAUCUCUCCUGGAAUGUUCGCCGGGUUGUCUAAGUUGUCUUACAUCGACCUACAGAAUAACCUGAUCAGCGACCUGAACCCCUCCGUCUUUGAUAAUUUACCACAGUUGGCCGAAGUCCUAUUGGAUGAGAACAAACUGAAUCCGAAGGUGCUGGAGAUCAUUAAGGGCAAAUAUACCUUGCCGGAACCGGAAAUUGUGGAUUAACUGUAGCUUUUCUAUAUAAUAAAGGGUUUUUGUAUCGUCGGAA